GUUUGGACUUCUUCCAGGACUUGGAACCUUAAUAGUCCUGCGCAUGGCCAUACAUCUCUACAGGCCAGACAUAGAAGACGCGGAAUACAGAGUGAGAGACCAUCCAUUCGAUCAGCUGUACGAUUGCUACGACUUCAUUAUCGUCGGUGGCGGCUCCGCAGGGUCUGUUCUGGCCAGCAGACUAUCAGAAAACCCUGAUUGGACGGUCCUGUUAUUAGAAGCUGGCCAAGAUGAAAACGUUUUAUCUGAGGUUCCUGUUGUCUUCCCAAUACUACAGAUGUCGUCAAUAGACUGGCAGUUUGCGACGGAGCCCAGUGACAGUUAUUGUUUGGGCAUGGUGGACAAAAGGUGUAAGUGGCCUCGCGGUAAGGUGCUAGGUGGAUCCAGUGUUUUAAACGCCAUGCUGUAUAUUCGGGGAAAUAAACGCGAUUACGACAAUUGGGAACGGAUGGGCAAUACAGGCUGGUCUUUCAAAGAUGUGUUCCCAUAUUUUCUAAAAGCCGAAGACAUGAGGAUACCUCAAUAUCAAAAUGAUCCGUAUCAUUCCACUGGUGGCCCUUUAACAGUGGAGUAUUUUCGGUAUGAACAACCUAUAACACAGAAGAUCCUGGAAGCAGGGGAGCAACUUGGAUACAAUAUACGUGACGUCAAUGGACCCUAUCAAACGGGAUUCACACGAUCUCAUGCUACAGUUCGAGAAGGUCUUCGAUGUAGUGCUGCAAAAGCAUACUUAAGGCCAGCCUCGAAAAGGCCGAAUCUCCAUGUAAGUGUUCACUCUUUAGUGGAAAAAGUGCUCAUUGAUGACAAUUUAAAGGCGUAUGGUGUGAGAUUUGUAAAAAAUAAGCAACAGCGAGUGAUCAAAGCCAGCAAAGAAGUUAUUUUAUCAGCUGGCUCGAUACAGUCUCCACAAUUGCUUAUGUUAUCAGGAAUAGGCGAGGCAGCACACCUUAAAGACGUAGGAAUCUACCCACUAGUGGACCUACCGGGAGUGGGCAAGAAUCUGCAAGACCACAUAGCAAUGGGUGGGCAUUCGUUCCUGUUCGAUAACCCAUACAAGAAUGGGACGGAGUAUUGUUUCAAUAUAAUGUCAGCUUUAAACGUUGGAACUCUUAUUGAUUUUGCGAUACAUAAAGAGGGGUAUUUAUACAGUAUGAUGGAAGCAGAAGCUAUGGCGUUUAUUAACACCAAAUAUCAAGACCCUGCAGAAGAUUAUCCUGAUAUACAGUUGUUUAUAGCGCCCACAGCUGACAAUAUGGAUGGUGGGUUCUUUGGGAAGAGAGCCAACGGAUUGUCAGAUGAGACAUACGCCGAGUUGUAUGAAGAUAUUUUGUUUGAACCCUCAUUCUCAGUGGUGCCGCUGCUUCUCAGGCCGAAAAGUCGUGGGUAUCUAAAGCUUCGUGAUGGCAACCCGUUCUCUCCGCCACGCAUUUACCCGAAUUAUUAUUCUGAUCCCCAAGACGUGAAUGUUAUGGUAGAGGGCGCCCGCAUUGUCCAGCGGUUGUCAGAGCAGCCAGCUCUUCGGGCGCUGAACACACGACCAAACCCGAACCGCAACCCUGGCUGCAGGCACCAUGACCUCAUGUCCCACGAGCACCUGGAGUGCCAGGCGAGACACCACUCGCUGACCAUAUACCACCCGGUGGGGACCUGCGCUAUGGGCCCGGCGAACGACCCGCAAGCUGUGGUCGACCCGAGACUGCGAGUAUAUGGCGUCAAAAGUCUGCGAGUUGUCGACGGAAGCAUAAUGCCCAACAUCGUCAAUGGCAACACCAACGCCCCCAUCAUCAUGAUUGCGGAGAAAGCUUCGGACAUGAUCAAAGAAGACUGGAGUGAAGCAAACGUAGAUGAUGCUAGUUGUUCGAGGACUUACAGUACUGCUUCAUACUCAGCAUACAAACAAGCUGAGGAAGAAGAAACUCCUGGCAAAGAUUCUCCAAAAGCAACGCCUGAUCUCUUUAGUGAAACAACUAGCCUCUUUCCCAACCUCCCUCUACACGAUAUCCACACAAAUACCGCAAAAACAAAAACAACUGAACGUAAAAACGUAAACAAAGCUCGUACUUCUGAGGAAGAUGACGUUAAAGAAUAUUUCGGAACACCAAAGAUCGAAAAAAACCUUUAUGCAAAUAACAAUAGAGACGAGGGCAAAAUGUAUGGCAAUUUCUAUCAAAUUAUAAAUCCACAAUUGGUAAUACCUCCAAGAGCAGUUCAACCUUAUCCUUACUGGGCUGUUAACCAAGACACAGACAGGCCGAAACCAAACUUAAGCAGGCCAAGUUCUUCAGCCAAGAGCAGCCCUAAUGCUGGUACGACUGGCCGUAGCAGUUUGUUAGACCCUGAUUCUGGUACAACUGGCCGUAGCAGUUUGUUAAAUCAUGAUUAUGGAGUAACUGGCCGUAGCAGUCUGUUCAAUUUCAACAAUAACCUAAAAGAUAUAUUCAAAAAACCGCCUCAAAUUAAAUUCAAACCGUAUUUACGAAGUAGGAACAAUCUUGGCCCCACUUUAUACAAUAACGUUGAAGAAAAACCAGUGUACUAUGAAACUGAUGAAAUAGUAACGCCGAGCGGUGAAAGAAAAUGUCGAGUAUGGUUGUACUACGAUGGACAAAAAUAUAUGUUGUAAUUAGUACUAACUAGUACAAUAGUUCAUGUAAUUUUUAAA